GAGGGCGAAACAAGGCCUGUCUCCCCGUGUGCAGGCGCCUCGUCGGUUUCGUGCUGCGUUUGCGUCGUCCUUCUUGCUUUUGAGUUCGUCACAUCUUGACGCCAUGUCCCUAAUCCCAGACGUCAAGCUCAUCCUCGGCGCCGUCGUCCUCCUGGCUGUCGUCCGCCUGUUCUUGGGACGCCGCCCGCCACUGCCUCUUCCACCCGGGCCCAAGCCGGCGCCGGUCAUUGGGAAUCUGCACCAGGUGCCCAAGAGCCUCAAUUGGUUUCACUUCUACCAUUGGAGCAAGAAGUAUGGCCCCAUAAUGCACCUCAGCAUGGCUGGCCAGCCCUUGGUCAUCCUGUCGACGCACCAAGCCGCGCAUGAUCUGCUCAACCGACGAAGCUCCAAGUAUUCAGACCGGCCGCGCAUGGUGAUGGCCGGCGAGCUGGUCACCAGGGGUAUGCACAUGCUGCUCCGCCAGUACGACGACCGGUACAAGCUCCACCAGCGGAUGGAGGCGCCGCUCCUGAACCUGCGCUCCGCGAGCUCGUACCGGCCGCUGCAGGACAUUGAGUCGCGGCAGUUGCUGUUCGACGUGGUUGGCGAGCACGGCGAGACCGGGGCCAAAGGCGUGGACUUCCAUCACCACUUCGAGCGCGCCAUGGGAAGCUUCAUCUACGCCAUCGAAUACGGCAUCCGCCUGCGGACCGGAUACGAGCAGGAUUUCUUGGAUGGGAAGUACGUGCAGGGAGAGUUUGCGAGGACCGGCCAGGUCGGCGCCUACCUCGUCGACUCGUUCCCCUCGCUCAACUAUCUGCCUAAGUUUCUCGCGCCUUGGAAAAAGGAGGCAGAGGAGCUUUAUGAGCUCGAGCGUCAGCUGCAUGUUAAGAAUCUGGACAAGGGUCUGAGCAACUCGGGUUGGAACUUUAGCAAGCACAUGAAGAAGUCGCCCGAGGCCCAGGUCAUGUCUGAGGAGGAGCUCGCUUUCGAUCUCGGAAUUCUCGCCGACGCCGGCCUGGACACGUCGACAGUGGCGCUAGACUGGUUCAUCGUUGCCUGGAUCACCUCCGGUGGCUCGGGCUGGGUUCGCAAAGCGCAAGCGCUUCUUGACGAGGUAGUUGGGAAGGAUCGGCUGCCGACGUUUGAGGACCGCCCCAAGUUGGCAUACAUCGAUGCUAUUGCGAGCGAAACGCUGCGCUGGCACCCCGUCGUGGUUGGCGGCGUGCCGCACUUCACCAAGGUCGAAGACAGCUACAUGGGCUACCACAUCCCGGCCAACUCGAUCGUGCUACCGAACGUCUUUGCCAUCACGCGUGACGAAUCCGUCUUUGGGCCGGAGGUCGACGACUUUGUCCCCGAACGGUGGCUCGCCGACGAGCACAACGCCGCCAGCACCAAGUCCGAGCCAUCGAUCGACGCAUGCGGUAUGAACGUGACGGCACUCAAGGACCUCCCGCAGACGGGCUUCGGGUUUGGGCGGCGCAUCUGCACGGGUCGUAUCAUCGCGCGCAACCAGCUGUUCAUCCAGAUGGCCCGCUUGCUCUGGGCGUUUGACGUCGAGGCCGGCAUCAACGAGACCACGGGUCAGCGCCCCAAGAUCGACCCCAUGGACUGCACCGAGGGCUUCGUCAGCCUACCCAAGCCGUUCAAGGCUGAAAUGCGCCCGCGUGGAGAGUGGGUUCGUCGUGUGGUUUCGGAGUCCGGCACCACCCACGACCUUGAUCACGCCGAGAUGUUGAACCAGGCCACCAAGGAGAGGGAGCGUUCUUAGGGGGCAGUUGAAUAACAUGGUGGCGUUCACACGCGAGGCCAGGCAGAGCUGGGGAAGAAGGAAGGUGGUGGGGGAAUGCCGCGGGGAGGAGGGAAUGGAGUGGUUGAAAAUAUGGAAUAAUUAGCAAGAGGUGGUUCCUGCCUCAACGAGGCUUGAUCGAUAUCGUGUGGAAAGAGCGACCCGCUAGGGUUUCAUUAGGCUUCCAACCACGCUGCAAACAACUGCAACUGCAUUCGACUCAGGUGAGAAUGGUUGAACACUCGAGCGGGGGAAGACCGCACUCUCGCGCGCAGGGGAU